AGAAAAGCACUUUGCACAUUUCCUCUCACAAACAAAGAAAGGAAUAUCAUCAAUUUACUCCUCCCUCCUCCUCUUCUUCCUCUCCCCCUCUUCUUUCCUUCCCACUCCUCAACCCCCAACUCAACCUUUAAACAUAACCCACCAUCUAAAUCUCUUCCCCUCGUCGAAUCACUCGGGUCGACCCUUCAUUCUCCUUUAUCUUUGCGAUAACACACCUCGACUGUUCCCACAAAGCCCACUCUCAUAACUUGCCUCUCUCUUGAUAUUCACAAUAAAGGUAUGUCCAUAAAUUAAAUCCUGUUCUCUUCUCAAAGUCGCAAUGUCCGAGUUUGCAUUGCAUUUCACCGGCGCAUUCACUUUCGCAUACGGAUAGUAGCAUAUGUCAUUGUCUUCGGAUUGUGAACCAUUCAAUCUUGCAACUACAAACCCAAAAAUCUAACUUCCAUGAACCAGAUCUACUCUACUCAACGUUACCUCAUUCAAGUUUCUACAUUUCAGAAGUUGAAUUUGAAACAAAUACAAAAUGUCUUCUCAAGAUAAUCGCGACAAUGCUCCUAAUGGUGAUGAGCUCACUGAUUCCAUGGAUCGCCUACAAGUCAACGAUGAGGCUCGCCUCGGCCCCGAUGGCGAACCCCUCCCAAAAACCGAUGAAGAAUAUGCAGAGUCUCAACUCACAUUGAGAGCUAUUGUUUCUUCAAAGGAAGCUGGUGUCAUCAUCGGCAAAGGUGGCAAGAAUGUCGCUGACCUUCGUGACGAGACUGGUGUGAAAGCCGGUGUCAGCAAGGUUGUCCAAGGUGUUCAUGAUCGUGUCUUGACCAUCUCAGGUGGAUGCGAUUCUAUUUCAAGAGCUUACUCCAUCGUUGCGAAAGCUUUGUUGGAGGGCGCACCACAAAUGGGAAUGGGUGGAGUUGUAUCCAAUAAUGGCACUCAUCGUAAGUUGAAAAAACCAUGUUUUUCACAUCAACUCUCUAUCUAACCUUACUGCCUAGCAAUCAAGUUGUUGAUCUCCCACAACCAAAUGGGCACCAUCAUCGGCCGACAGGGACUUAAGAUCAAGCAUAUCCAGGAUGUUUCCGGCGUUCGCAUGGUCGCACAAAAAGAGAUGCUUCCACAAUCUACCGAACGUAUUGUGGAAGUUCAGGGUAAUCCCGAAGGGAUUCAAAAAGCCGUCUGGGAAAUCUGCAAGUGCUUGGUAGAUGACUGGGCAAGAGGCACCGGUACUGUUCUGUAUAACCCCGUUGUUCGCACUCAAACUGGUGGCUCGGGUGGUAUGUCUCAAGGCAACCUCGGAGGAACUGGUCGCGAAUAUGGCAGCUCACGUGUUAUGCGCACUGGAAAUGGAGCCGAUUUCAGUGAGGGUGCUCCGCGAUCAUAUAACCGCCGCUCCGACUCAGAUGCUGCUCAACGUGGACCACCUACCCACGAUGAAAAUGGAGAAGAACUUCAAACCCAAAACAUCAGCAUUCCGUCUGACAUGGUUGGAUGUAUCAUUGGUCGGGCUGGCUCCAAGAUUAGUGAGAUUAGAAAGACUUCUGGGGCUCGCAUCUCCAUCGCUAAGGUAAGGAUUUUCUAUUCCAGAAGGGUUCACAACUCCAUCUCCCAAGAUAUCUUUGCUAACAUGUAACUUAGUCUCCUCACGAUGAGACUGGAGAGCGCAUGUUCACCAUUAUGGGCACUGCUAAGGCCAAUGACUCUGCUCUCUACCUUCUCUAUGAGAACCUUGAGGCCGAGAAGCAACGCCGCAGUCAGGGCAAUGCUCAAGAAUGAAUCGCUGGCUCAGUUUGAGCACAUCAAUUUUUUUUCAGGCAGGCAAGCUUUGUCUCAGGUCUAUCCAGAUUUGACUUGCCGCAAGGCUGAUAUUGAUGCGAUGGUGGUUCUACCUUGGGAUUCUUUGAUAAUAUUUCCUUGGACCGAUAUUUAUUUCCCCCACAAAAGCAGUUCCUUUUACCGUUUUCACAUUUCCAUUCUUGCGGCGUGGAAUUUUACCGAAAGUAUGGUCAUUGACGGUUGCAUGGUGCACACGUGAGUUGCACUUUCGCAAAUGUCAUUUUCCUAUUGAUACAGAUGAUUCGCCUCCACAUUUGACAACCAGAGAUACCGACCUCCUAUCUCGACUUUCAGCUUUCCGACGUCCCAAAUCGAACGAACGAGAAUCGACCUAAUCUCGUCAUUCAUGCCAGCUAUGACCUGAUAAUUCUCUUACGUUACGAAUCAUGAUAUGCACAUUACCCGUUGAAUCACCUGCCUUCGACACAAUUUUCAAACUCGUCUUCCACAUCGCUCCUUCGAUCACAAAUACGGCCGCAUCACAAAUAGCCUUAUGUCUUCUCGGCUUUUAAUCUUGCACUAUGAAAUGGGCCCCAUCGACACAUCCAGAUAUGUUCUGAGAAUGUAGUAGAUAGACCAUUUGAGUAGACUAAGAACAAUACGAGUAUCCCGAACUAUGAAUUUACUCCAAUUACAUA